GUAUAAAGCGUCUCUCUACAUGCUUUCAGUUCACUCUCAGUUCUCUAUUGCAUUGCAGAGACGACGGACUCAAGUCUGUGGAGAGGGGAGGGGGACAUGACCACAGGAGAUUCUUGAGAGACGAUUCUGUGACCUUCCCUCUCUUCCUUCUUUCUUUUUUUCAUUCUUCCUUUCACAAUGUGUUUUGGCUCUCUUUCCUUAUCUCCUCCUUCAUCUUCUUAAGAAUUGUUCUGCUCUGCUUGGACGGUGGCUUCAUCGAUGCAAAAUGGGUUGUGGCAAUUCCUCAGUUACUGGCGGCACAGGAGGGGGGCCAGCAGAAGCCUCCAAAGAAGAGACAGAGGAUCCUCCAGUAGACGAUGAGAAAAGAAGGAACUAUGGUGGCGUGUACGUGGGUAUACCUGCAGACAUGACCACUGUGGCUACUAGUCAGUCCAAGUCCACACAUUCAGACUAGCAGCGGCUAGAGGAAAGUCACCACGGGUACACGGCUUGCUCAGCUCUGCGUCAUGUGAUGCAAACGACUUCAUCCUUUGUCUCAGCAGGAUCCUGCAUAUUCAUUCACCUAGAGUUACUGACGUUAUAAUGUAAGUGCUCUGAAUCUCCACACACUGGCAAAAACUCUCAGGCUUUAACACUCUUCAUUGAAUGAGGACGUCGCCCCAUGGAGUCAUGUGACGCACAGUGGAGGUCUGCACAUGGCAUCCCUCAUCAUCACCCUUCACUUUGCAAAAAAAAGGAAAAAGAUGAGCAUCAGAGUAGAAAAAAGUGCCCACCCUAGGACUGGCAGCUGAGGGCGGUGGCAGCAGCGGGCAUUGCGACGGCCAUCUUGAAACGUUGUCUUUCUUUCUCAGGAGAAGACAGGGGGAACACAGCCAGCUCACUCACGUCAUGAACUGCCAGGGACUUGCUCACAUUCCCUGUUGCCCUCUGCAAUAAUAAUCACUGCUCAGUUAUUUCUCUGAAACACCAUCAAUGAUUCAUAGUGUGACGGAGACAGAGAGAAUCCUCAGUUUCACAGACAGCAGACACUUCCCUGAUAAUGAGUCACAGAACCUUGCAUUGCAUAAAUUACUGAUAUCCGUUGACACUGGGCUAAACUCUCAUAACAGAAGUGAAAUUAGUCUAAGGUGUUUUUAUUAGACUCCCCUGCACCUAACUAUCCUUUGUGUAUCAGCCGGGUCAUACCUGUUUGUGCCCCAGACUGAUGAUGUAACAUCGGCAUAUGAUUCAUAGAUGAGUUCUCUCUCUCUCUCUCUCUCUCUCUCGCUCUCUCUCUGCAGAAUGUUUUUUUGUUGUUUUCUCCCCCAGAAGAACUCUCGGUAGAUCUGUCUCAGAAUAUAAGGAAACACAGUUGGUUCAUAUCUCACAGAAUAAUCUGAUUUUAUACAGCAAAAAAUCCUCACAUGAUCUUCAGCUCCAAAAAAUAUAAUACAUAGGACCCAGAGUAUGAAUGGAAGCAGACAUUAUACCCCUGCCCCCCUUGUCUUGGUUUAUUGCAUUGCUUUGUAACUCAUGCACUGAUUUUAUUACUUUUUGUAAACAUGAUGUAUAUCAAACUUUUUUGUGAAUGUUGUUUUACUGCGUGUAUUUUUUUUAAUGAUGAGGCUGUUUUUAUUCAUUUUACUAAUUGUCCACAAAUCCUAUAAGAAAAACAAAAAUCCAUCCAGUAUCUAUACAUCUUAUCCUUUUGAGGGUUACAUGGGGAGCUAGAGCUAAAUCCCAGCUGAGAUGGGAGGAGAGGCAGGGUUAACACUGGCCAGCAAACAACUGGUCUUCAAUUAAUCUAAUUCCAUUCUGCAUGUCUUUGGACUGUGGGAAAACCCCAUGCACUCAAACUGGGAGCAAUCUUGAGGUGAGGCCACAAGAUCCUUUCUCUUUUCUUUUGAAGUUUGCUUUUCUGUCCGUAGCACUCAACGAUCAUUUUGGGUAUUGGAGAGGUAAAUAGAUAGAUAGAUGGAUACUUUGUUAAUCCCGUGAAAUCCUUGAAUUGGUCACAAAUAAGAUAAAAACUAACAACUGCUUGAGAAUCAGUAAAACGUGCAUUUGUUUGGCUCUAUUUUCAGCUGUGGAGAACUUACAGCAGGAUGGUGUAUGUGGGUCUGACAGUAAAUGACAGUGCCCAGGAACAUGUCAUGCACAAGACUAUCAGACUACAUAAUUUGAUAGUACUCAUACAACUAUGGAGAAAUUAGAUACGUCAUGCUUUUAACACGAAACUUGUUUGAAGGAUCAAUUCAUUGUUAGUUUUGGAUAUUUAAUGGAAUUUGAUGACAAUAUAUGGAAUGUAUAUAGAAUUAUACUAGCCCCAAUCCUCUAAUGGCAUAUUAUAGUGUCACACACACACACACUCACACACACACACACACUUCAUACAUUCCUGGAAGGGUAUUUAGGGCCAAGGUCAUUCGUCAGCCAGGCUCUUGUCUGUUCUCUCCUCCAAUGAUUGUAUCCUCUCCACUCACCAGGAGCCUGGAGGAGUGUGAAAAUAAGCCGCCUUCCAUCAAUUGAGAUUCAAGAGAUGCUCAAAAAAAUAUGUGUAGCCUUGACUCCCUUGAAGGACCAGUACAAAGCUACUCUUGCCCUGGCACCCUGAGGAAAAUGCAGUUAGGAGGUCGCCAUGCCUGAUCCAUGAGCCAUGUAAAGCAUUUUCAAAUAUAAAAUACUAUUUAGCCUCUGGCUCGGCUCAAUAUUUGAAUGUUAUAAUUUACUGAGAGACGUGAAUCCAUAAAACCAUAGACUGUAUUUAAGACAAACAACCCUGACUGAGAUGCCAGAUGAUAAUUGUUAAAUUGUUUUAAUGAUAAGGAGUGCCAUUAGGACCUUGUGUUGUCUGGACCGGUCCCCACAGACAUUGCUGCUGGGAAGAGACGCAGCCCUGGAAGUGACUGACAAGCAAAACACAGACCGGAGCCCAGGAGAUGUCGCCUACUGCCCCGCUUGGUUACUGAGACAGAGAGAGACGCACCAUAGAGUUAUUUGUUGACAUCAAACUUAUAGAGGAGAGGGCACACAAUUAUCUGAUUGCAUUUCGAGCAAUUCACCCUUGUAGUGUAUAUUUAUUUAAUUUCUCUUUUUGUGACCAAGGAUAAUUCUGCUUCAUCCUCUUAUUGGCACCUGUUUUGACAGGAGGGGGCAGCAAGGUCCUUUCGUAACUUAUUGGGUCCUACCCCACACCCCGUAUAAGUCUAUGUGGACUUCUGUGAUUACUGUUUAUGUGUGUUUUCACGAAGAUGCAGCUCAGAAUGGAAGACAACCAUUUGCAGCCAAGCUUUCGGAUUUCAGUGUCUUAUCACUGUAAGCCAUUUGCCAUUAUUGCUGCAGGGUUCACCUGUCAAGAGGUUAAAUACACCACAGAUACAAAGAGCUGUUUUAUGUACUCUGUAACUUGUACUUUAUAUUUCUAUACUCUAUUUCUACCCUUUUCUUUGAUUUCUACCUUUUCUUUCGCAUCAGUCCCUUUACCAGAGGCUGCUGGCUUGUACACAGUGUCUUCCUGCCUGUCUCUCCCUCUUUUAUCAGCCCCUCUUUAUGGUUUUCCCUCCUGAAUAUGAUGAAUGUCGUUGCCUUUGCCUCAUUCAAUUAGUGUAACAGGUAUAAGGGGGCAGGAUGCUGAUGAAAAACAGAGUCCAAUGUUGUUUGGUUGUCGUAAAGAUGGAGGAUGUGUUUGAGAGGUUAGAGAAAUAGUUGGACCACUCUCACAUAUCUACAUUAAAUAUGAGGCCACUGCAUGGUCAGAUACAUUGGCACGGCAUGGAGUCUGGAAACAGAUGCAAUCAACUGGAAUAACUCCUGCCAACACAUUUAAAUAUAACUAUCUAUCAACAUUUAACAGUUUAAUUACCUUUCUCACAAACCAGAUACAUCAUGCGCAGGCAGAUGCUUUGUCUUUGGACUGAACCAGGCUAGCUAUAUCCAGUUCAUGCCAAGCUAUACUAACUGUCAGCUGAUCAUACCUGGAUGUUAACUGUAUCGAUAUAAACAUCUUCUCAUCUAACAUCGAACUAAAUCACAACUGAGCACAUAAUGUCUCUAAACUAUGUCUCUAAUGUCCACUGAUGCGGAAAUUAACGCAAACAACUUGUUGUCAAUGCAGCUAUGAAUUGUUUUAGAUGAAUGCACUGAAGAGGAUGUGUGUGUGUGUGUGUGUGUGUGUGUGUGUGUGUGUGAUGUAUAAUGUGGUGAGCUGCUAGGGGAAGGCUUAGGAGACCCAGAUGUGUUUCAGCAGACACAGUUUACUGAUGCAUCAAGGAGAGAAGAGACGGACGGCAUGUGAUGCCACCCUGUGAAGGGUCUCCUCUCCAGGGCAUAAUAACACCCAAAAUAUCCAGUCAUCCCCGAAUAGAUGUUCAAUCACCAUAUCCAUCAAUGAUGCUGAUAUGUACAGCUUGUCUGUGGUCGUCUGAUUCAAUUAUUUAUGAUUAAACACUUUUAUAUUGUC